AUGGGCGCGGGCGAGCGCACGGCUGGCGGGGGAGGCGCGCAGGACCGCGGAGCCGGCUGCGGGGCCCGGGCGCUGGGCGCGCUCUGUCUGCUGCUGUCGGUGGGCUCGGCCGCCGCCUGCCUGCUGCUGGGUGCCCAGGCGGCCGCACUGCACGGCAGAGUGACGGCGCUGGAGCAGGAGCGCGAGCUGUGGCGGCGUGGGGGACCGUCGGGAGCCCUGGCCGCCUGGGCCGAAACGCACCUGGAGCGCCUGCUGCGCGAGAAGUUGGAUGGAGUCGCCAAGCUCCGGACAGUUCGGGAAGCCCCCUCUGAGUGCAUCUGUCCCCCAGGUCCCCCCGGACGGCGUGGCAAGCCCGGACGAAGAGGCGACCCUGGCCCUCCUGGGCAAUCAGGACGAGAUGGCUACCCGGGACCUCUGGGUCUGGACGGCAAGCCAGGACUUCCAGGCCCCAAAGGGGAAAAGGGUGCACCGGGAGACUUUGGCCCUCGGGGAGCCCAAGGGCAAGAUGGAGCCGCAGGACCACCUGGUCCCCCUGGACCACCCGGCGCCCGGGGCCCUCCUGGUGACACUGGGAAAGAUGGCCCCAGAGGAGCUCAGGGCCCAGCGGGUCCCAGAGGAGAGCCUGGACAAGAUGGCGAGGUGGGCCCCAAGGGACUCCCAGGACCCAAGGGAGAACCUGGCACUCCUGGAAAGAAGGGGGAUGAUGGGAUGCCCAGCCAGCCAGGACCUCCCGGGCCCCCAGGUCCCAAGGGCGAGCCGGGCGAUGCGGGGCCCCGAGGAGAGGAUGGAGUGGACGGCCCUCCCGGACUGAAGGGAGAGCCCGGCCACCCAGGCACAGAUGGAGCCACAGGGCCCCGGGGUCCCCCAGGGCUCAAGGGAGAACAAGGUGACACGGUGGUAAUCGACUAUGAUGGCAGGAUCUUAGAUGCCCUGAAGGGUCCCAAGGGACCAAAAGGAGACCCAGGAGAGCCUGGGCCAGCUGGACCCAAGGGGGAAACAGGCGAAAUGGGCCUGUCAGGCCUUCCGGGUGCUGAUGGUCCCAAGGGAGAGAAGGGAGAGUCAGCAUCCGACCACCUACAGGACAGCCUGGCCCAGAUCAUAGUGGAGCCAGGGCCCCCCGGUCCUCCUGGCCCUCCCGGACCCAUGGGUCUGCAGGGGAUCCAGGGUCCCAAGGGCCUGGAUGGAGCCAAGGGAGAGAAGGGUGCAUCGGGUGAGAGAGGCCCUCAUGGCCUGCCUGGUCCAGUUGGCCCACCGGGCCUUAUUGGGUUGCCAGGAACCAAAGGAGAGAAGGGCAGACCCGGGGAGCCAGGACUUGAUGGUUUCCCUGGACCCAGGGGAGAGAAGGGCGACCGAAGCGAACGUGGCGAGAAGGGAGAGCGAGGAGUUCCUGGCCGGAAAGGAGUGAAGGGCCAGAAGGGAGAGCCAGGCCCACCAGGCCUUGACCAGCCAUGCCCUGUGGGCCCUGACGGGCUGCCCGUGCCUGGCUGCUGGCAUAAGUGAUCCUCAGAUGUGGCUCCUCACCUGUACAGAUCCAUUUGGACGUUUUUAACUUGUGUAAAAAAAAAACACAAAAAAACAGUAAUAUAUUGAUCUUCUUUAUGGGAUGCGCCAACUGUGGCCUUGUAACAUUUGCAAGUGUGCCAACCAGCCCCUGGAUGGUCUGCACAGGAAGCCAGCAGGAAAGCAGACAGGUCACUCUGGGAAAACUUGUACUUGAGGGCCCCGGACAGGGCCUGGCUUUCCCAGGGAAGAUGACGAAGGUGAAACCGCCUGGCUCAGGUGAGGCUGGACAGACUCCAAGUUGGGCCUGUAAUCACCUGAUCAGCAGAGACAAUAACUGUUCUCUGAAGCCCCACUUGCCCCAACCUCUCACUGUCCAACAAGAACCGCCCCCCCCCCUUUUGGACAACUGCUGUACCCUCUUUCCUCUGGACCCUGCCAAAGGCAGCUGCACUGGGACCCUGUGUUCAACAGGACAGGUGAAGAUUUCAAGAGUCCAGCACCGGAGAGAAGGCAAUGGAGAGAAACCCAAGAGGGUCGUGCUCCAGCCAGGCUCAGUAGACUGUCAGAAGCCGCCCUGUCACAGGAGCUUGUGUCCUCCGGCCUUGAGACAUGGCAGGGCUCUGUGAAUACCUCAGUAUGGAGCCAGCUGCAGGCAGCCCAGUGAUCCCUGACUGUGCAGUGAAGAGACCCAUAGGCACUAGUUGCUACAUUCAGCCUCCUCACCGCCUCACCCAGGGCAGGAGCAGAAAGGGCCUGUGUCAGCCUCAAGGAGACAGGCCUCCCGUUCAGAACUUAGGUCUCAUGGGCCCCAAGUCUCCCAUCUAGAACUCUGGUCAGCCUGGCAGAAACAGGCCUCCUGGUAAAUGGUACAGAUGUCACGAACCCAAAGGCUGGUCCCCGGCAAGCCUGAACAAUAUACCUGUGACGGAAACCCUUCUAACAAAGGUUCCCAGCUACCCGAUCCAUUCACGGCCUCACAUCCCUCCCCGUGUAAAGGUGCUGUGAGUAAUAGAUCACAAAUAUGUGUCUGGGUGUGCCUGUCCUUGAGGACUUCCCCGGUCACCUCUGGCUGGGUUUCAUUUUAAUGGAAAAGGGGCUUUCCCAGAAACCAGAGGAUAUAUUCAUGGUUAUAGGCUCAAGUCCUGCACCCAUGCAUGUCAGAAGAAUCCAGCGACCAGCCAUUUCACUAAGCCCCUGUAUGCCCUUCUGUUAUGCUUAGCAAGGACUCCCCAAACUUGUUGCCUCAGAAUGUUCAUUCUCUCAGUUCUAAAGAUCCAGGGGCUCACCUGUACAGGUCUCACUCUCAGACUCACCUCAGGGUGAGUUGGUGCCUGUUGGAAGAAUCCUAGUGGCCAUGACAUCUACCUAUGUAGAACCUUUCUACGUGACCUGGACUUCCUCACGGCAUGGCAGCAGGAUUCCUAGAAAGCUGUGUCACCUUGUGUGACCAAGCCUUCAAAGUCAUAUGCUGCCCCUUCCUGCCAGAGUCAGAGGUCCACCCAGCUGACGGGGAAGAAGACAGAACCACCUCUCACUGGGGAAAGUGACAAUAUCAUAUUUAAACGAGAAGAUGUGGGAGAGUAGAUCUUGUUGUAGCCCUUCAAAAAAUAAAAAAGCAUAAACACUGGCUUUCAUGUAGCCCAGUCUAGCCUCACCAGGUAGCUAAGGAUGACUGUUGGGGGUUGGUCUGCAAAUAAUAAAUCAUAAACGUUAUAUAGCUCAACCCAUUUUAUUUACAACAGAUGACCAUAAAUCUAUGGCCUGCCAGUCUCUACUCCCGAGUGCUGAAAUUACAGCGGUGCACUGCUGUGCCUGAUUUAUAUAGUGCUGUGUUUGAACCUAAGGCUUUAUGCAUGCCAAGCAAGCACUCUACCAACUAAGCUACAUUCUUAGCCCUUGUUACAGCAUCUUCAAUAAUGCCUCCUGCCACUCAUCUGUAGCAUGAGACAGUAAUGCUCAAAAAUCAGAUGUGGUUCAGUAAGAUUCAGCUUUAUGGAAUACACACAGAGCCCAGGACAGGUCAGACACCCCACACCUACGGCUGACUGCCCUCACUAUCCACUCCAAGACCAAGUAUUAGCCAGAGUCCUGAAGAAUGGGUCCAUGUCUCCCCUCUGCUUAUUCUUAGAAGCUGAAGAGAAAUGCCCAGCAAAUGUGCCUAUUAUCACAGAUGACAAAAAACCAAGCUCUUUCUGUGUGUGCAGAAAAACCAGGAGGCUGCUGUAAUAGUGUCUCCGGCCCCAUUCCUCCAAAGGCUGAGGUCCAAGGAGGGCCAAACUCUCCAGAGCGCACACGUGGAUUCCUUGCAAAGCAGGGGCCCAGCCACACACAGGUUAUGUCCGCUCCCUACCUCUGUCCCCCUCUGGAGCUGGCAGUAAGUAGCUGACCAUGUUCUCUGCCACUUGACUGGGUCGACUCGGGAACCAGAAUGAGAAAAGGCAGAUGUCGUGGGCCAAGCUGACUAGGGUGGCUCCUUGGUGUCCGUGCCUGCUUUGGAGAUACACCAUAGCGUCUUGAGCCCACCACACUCUACAGUUAGCAAGUCACUCCUCCUCUCACCUAAGGACAUCAUGACUUCAUCCCGUCAACAGUCCUGUGAAGAAAGGCGCAGCGCUGGGAGGUGUUACUAUGUCCAUUUUACACUGAAGAAAUCUAAGGCUCGGAGUGGGUAGUCGUCUGCUCAAGCCUGGAUGUACAGCAAGGCUAGAGUGACAGGCCUGGGACUGGGCCCAGACUCUUGGAGGUCGCCUAAUUUGUCUUCAGAAUUGCUUGGCAGCUCGUGGAAUCUGCUCGGCAGUCCCCUGACAGUGGGUGGACAGCAAGCAGAGCUGUAGAAGUCCGAACUGCUUGCUCUCCCUUUCUCCUCUCAGGCCAUUCUUGGACCAUUGCUGCCCCCAUGUGGACUCAUACCUUGGACCCUUGCAGGGACAUGCAGAGCCACUGAGUCCUAUGCCAGCCUGGAGUGGAGACAGAGAAUGAGUUGUUCAAGGUUCCAAGUGAGACGCUGGGGAAUGCCCUGCCUCACCAAUGAGCCUCAAGGACUGAGGGCAGUUCUCUGUCAGUCCUAUAAUUCCGGAAGAGAGGAGUCUGUUUAUUGAGUCCUUGAGUGUUUGUUCCAUGGACACAAAAGAAGCCACCAGGAUGGCUGUCCCCCUGGACAGAUGGCUCCGAGGCUUUAGGGAAGCCUGCUUGCUUGAUUUCCGUCCUUAAAGGGGGCUUUGAGUUCUCACAGAAUUGGGAGACACUCCUGGCAUUCAGUGGACAGUCAAGUUAGCAUACACCUGAAAUCCUGGGCACUCCUGUCCAGUGGUAAAGCUGAGAAGACCUUGCUUUAGAUGCAAGGGUUGGGGUUAAGUAUGUUUGUUGGCUUAUUAAAAAGGGUCUCAAUACAUAGUCUAGGUUGGUCUCAAAGUUGCAGUUCUGCCUUAGCCUGGCAAGUGCUGGGAUUACAGGCCUGCAGCACCAUGCCCCCCCACCCCAUCCAAGUCUAGCUCAGCCCCUUCCCUCCUCUCAGCCUGUGCCCCCUUGGCCUCCAGUGUUGCCUUGAAGGGCAGAUGCCAGGAAAUGGACAGAGGACGUUUAGCAUGGGGCCAGGGUCAGGAAGGACAGGCCUUUUCUGAGCAGGAAGACAGACUCUUAGGUAGUUUUACAAUUAAAAACAUGAAACUCCGCUCAGUUUGGGGAGAUGGAAGGGCUCUGUGGCUGGGUGUUGGUGAAAAGAUGCAGCACUGAGAAUGUACUGAUGCCACUGAAUUGUACCCUUCAAAAUGGCUUGGUUUUUUUUUUUUAAUGUAUAUUUUACCAC